UGCCCGCCCACGGCAUACGUGAUCCCAACCAAUCCCCACUGCCCACUCUACUCCGACACCCCACCACAUAAACGGCAUCAUUGCCCAUUGAGCUGCGCCGCGCCCCGCCUCCUGCUCGUACGUACCGUCCUCUCCUCUCUCUCUUGUGAAGGAGCGAGACUGAUGGCGGUCGCCCACGCCUUCCACCAUGAUUCCCGCGCCAUCAGGCCAGCGCUGGAGAACGCGACGACCACCGCAUCGGCCGUCCUCGGCGACCACGACACCGCCGCCGGCGGCUGCGGCCACCUGCUGCUGCUGCCCGGCGUAGUGCAGCGCCAGGCUGCGGCAGUGGCUGGCCACACGGCGUUCAGCGACCCACGCAGCGAGCUCACCUGCAACAACAACAACAAGUACGACGCCACUUGGUCCGUCGUCGUGCCCAGGAAGCGCGCGCGGAUCGGCGGCGCGGUGGACGCCGCCGGCCUGGUCAUGGAGGGGCACCGCCACCGCGCGCUGCUGCCCGUGCCGCAGGCGUUCGCGCCCGGCGGAGGCGGAGAGGGUGCCCUGGGCGGCGGCAGCAGCAGCAGCAGCAGGGUGCUCUGCUCCGGCGCCGCGUCCACCAGCGGACGCCCAAGCACCGCCGCGCCGGUGUCGCAGUCGCAGCACGGCAUACUGGCGCACCUCUACCGCCACAGCGUCGAGGUCGACGCGCUUGUCCGUAUCGAGAACGAGAGGCUGCGGGCGGGGCUGGAGGAGGCGCGGCGGCGGCACGUCCGGGCCGUGGUGUCGGCCGUGGAGCGCGGCGCGGCGCGGCGCCUGCGGGCGGCGGAGGCCGACCUUGCGCGCGCGCUGGCGCGCAAUGCGGAGCUCGGCGAGAGGGUCCGCGAGAUGGGCGCGGAGGGGCAAGCGUGGCAGGGCAUCGCCAGCGGCCACGAGGCUGCCGCCGCCGGUCUGCGCGCCACGCUCGAGCAGCUCCUCCUCCAGCAGGCGCCGUGCGCGGGCGCGGCUGACGAGGAGGGCCAGGGAGAGGGAGAGGCGGUGGUGGAGGACGCGCGGUCGUGCUGCUUCGAGCCGGAGCGGGAGCGGCGGCACGAAGGCGGCCCGGACGACGACGACGACGACAAGCAGGCCCGUGGCAGUGGCUGCACGAGGGCGGCGUGCCGGGCGUGCGGCGCGGCGGAUGCGUGCGUGCUGCUGCUGCCGUGCCGGCACCUGUGCCUUUGCGGUUGGUGCGAGGCGGUUGUCGAGGCGUGCCCCGUGUGCGCCGCCACCAAGAACGCCUCGCUCCACGUCCUCCUCUCCUGACCUCAUCGGCGCCGGCAAUUUGGGUUGGUUUGCUCGUGCAUUCCAACCUCUUUCUUCUUGUUUCUCUUGCAAUCUUCGUGAGACAUUAAACUAACCGAUGUUUUUUUUUGUUAUGGGUUGCCUUCCGUACGAAGAGACUUGCAUCUGGGGUUGUUCUUUUCGGUGGUGUUGGAUGGGAUUAAUUAGUGGAGUCGUUGAACUUGAUGGGGGAACAGAUUCGAGCAAUUUGCUCCGUUGAGGCAAUCCAAAUAUUCAUUCAUUUACAUCACUUGGUACCUGCACGCACGCCUUUUGUUUAUACGUACUCACAUACGUCCAGGUGUGCAGGUCAGGUGACCCAACAUUUUUUUUGUGUGGUACUAUACGAUGCUGCAAGGAGCGUAAAAUGCAAGCAAAGGGGAAACGCACUUUAGGUUCGUUUAUAGCACCAUCAUCACUAACUAGUAACUAGUUGCGGUGAUGACAGUGGAAUGCCCGCCGGCCGGCAUUUAGUUGUACAACGGCUUGACAAACUUUCGCUCAUCUCCAACAGUUAUGCAAUUGGAAUUUGCUAUUUGUUAGAGUUUGCCAAGUCCCUAAAUAUUUUGCCAAAGGAAAAAUAAGUUCAUCUCUAAGUGUUUGGUAUUUUUGACUUGGCAUAUCCCAAAAUAGUGGACCUAACUAUUUUUGUCCGAAAAUCUUUUAUCUUCGCGGGAAAUUUUCUCGCGUGUCGCGCGGGCGCCCGUCGCGCACAAUUCCUUCGGCCGUCGCCGCCAUUUCUCUCGCGCGUCGCCGCUUGGUCCAUGUCGUCGAGAUCCGAUCGAGACAACUGUCCCAGGGUGCACCGCGGCAUCCAGGUUGCAAGGAAAAAAGGAGGUGGCGCGCAGAAAAAAGGAGGCGGCGCGCGGGGAGGAGUCGUUUCGCGGGAAACUACCGCGACGUGGGGAGUACGGGCACGACAAGGAGUCCAAGAUUCUCGGGAUAUCAAAAUUGCCAAGCUAUUGUGCUUAUGCAAAAAUGUCAAGUUUGGUCCAUCAAAUGCCAAGUUUGCCAAAAUGUAUAAGUCAAAUGUAAAACUGUUGGAGAGUAAUUUUUAAGGUUUUGGACAAAUUUCAAGAAUGCAAAGUUCAAUUGCAUAACUGUUGGAGAUGCUCAGGUCUCUAUUUUCAGAAUUCAGAUAAAAAAAAUGUUUGUUUU